ACGAAUUGCUUGGUAAAUUUUGCUUUUUUCAAAAUUGCUUUGAAAUUUUAAAGAUUUGUUUAAAUUUUUAGAAAAUAUAUGUUUUAAAUUGUGAUUGUUUUUUUACACUUUGUAUAGAAAAUAUAAGAAGUUUUGUAAAAAAAAUGAGUUCUUUAGAUGAAGGUUUAAAAUAAAUGAGCCAAUAGGAAUAUAGAAACGAAGAAUAAAAUCAGGAAGGCAAUUAGGAGGAUUUAAACAAUCAAAAUGAUCACAAUUUAAAUAAUAAUGAAUUAGAUAGCCUGUCUUCUCCUCCAUCAGACAAUUAUAAUGAAGAAGAAUUUGAGUAAGAAGAUGAUAUUAAACCUGACAUAAAAAUAUAUUAAAAUGCAUCACAAAAUAACAUAUCGUAGACAUAAAGGAUAAGUUAAACUUAACUACCAUAGCAGUAAGGAGGAGGGGGAAAAAGGAAUUCGUCUCUUUUGCAAAAAGAACACUAUCAUCAAAAAAAUUAAGAGAUCAUAUAAAAACUGAUGGAGAAAAAGAAAAAAGAAUAAGAAGAAAAAGAAAAAAAAGAAUUGAAAUUAAAAAAAAGAGAAGAUAAAUUGCGUAAGCGCAUGCUUGAAGAAGCAGCAAAGAUUAGAGAGCAAAAGGAAGUAAAUUUAGAAUCAUAAACUGAAUAAAGCGAUCACUCAAACGUCACAAAAUCAAAAAAACUCAAAUUCAAGAGUGUAUAAGAUAUUUACUAACUUGUAGUCAUAUAAGGAAAAUAUCAAAGAGAGUAAUUAACAGAUAAGUAGCAGUAAGAACUCAACGAAUUUGAAAGUAGGCUGAACGAAGAAAAAACAACGAUAAUUAAGAUGCAAUAAGUUUACAGAUCACGUCAAAUUACUUUUUUAGAGGAGUUAAAGAAAAAAUAGGAGAAAAAAAAGCAAGAAGAGGAAUAACAGAAACUAAAGCAGGAGAAAAUACAAACCAAAUUAAGGGAAUAAUAUGAAAAUGUGAAUUCUAAUCUCUAUGCUGAAACUGAGUUAUUCAAGUAAAAAAAGCAAGAAAUUACCAAGGUCAGCACUUAGAAAUAGCUUGUAAGAGCAUCAUCUGCAGAAGGAGAUAAAGAGAAAGAUGAUAAGAAGGAUAUCGCCAAAAAAAUAUAGUAGAAGAAUCAAGAGUAUAUUGAAAAGUUGAAAGAAAAAAAGAGAUAAGAGAUUGCUAAAGAGGAAGAGGAAAAGAAGAAAAAGGAGCAACUCAAAGAAAAAAUGAAAGAUUUUGUCCUUGUCAAUAUCAAAAAAGACAUUGAAAAUGGAGUUUUUUUUGUUGAUGUUCCAGAAAAAAAACCUAAAAAAGAGAAGAAAAAGAAUGAAUCUAAAGAAGAUAACAUUUAAAUUACUUCUCCUAAGUUAAAUUCUACCAAGUCUUUAUCUUCAUAAAUUACAAGAAAAACAAACGAUGCUAAAAAAGUAGAAAAACUCCCAAAAAUUAAAGAUUCAAAUAAGGAGAAUCAUUCCAAAGAAAGAAAUGAAGAUAAUGAAGAAGGGGAUGAUGGAGAAUAUGAAUGUGACGAAGGUGAUGAAGGUGCAAGCGAUGGAGAAGAUGAAGAUGAUGGAAAUGGUAGUGCCAUUAAAAGAAAGCUUAGAAAAUAUCCCUUUAUCACUGAUUUAGAGUUAUGGAAAAAAAAACAAAGAUUGCCUGCUGACAUUAAAGUGUUCAUUGUUACUGGAGGCUAUCACGACAUAUCAAAAGCUUUGAAAAAAAGAGGUUGGAUUGCAAACCCUGAUACAAAAAGUCCUUGCUACAAUUUCAGAUGGAGCUUACAAACUAAGGACAUAGAUUAUGAAAAUUUAAAGGAUUUCUAAAUAGUUAAUCACUUUUAAAAGAGUGCAUGUAUCACAACCAAAGUUGGGUUAUGCAAAAGUCUAAGAAAUCUAGUUUGGCAUGAAAAUGUAGAUAUCGAUACAUUCUAUCCUAGAUGUUUUGAUUUAAACGAUACUGAAGAUUUCGAAAAUUUUGUCGAAGAGUUUAAAUCCUCUAAGGCUGAGAGCAUCCUAAAGAGAUACAUGAGAAUGUACUUUGAAAAAGAUCCAGAUAUUGAAAAAAUAAAAAAGUAGGCUGUAAUUGCAUUUAAUGUUUGUGAAAGAAAAAUGAAAGAAUUAGAUGAAAUUAUAGAUGAUCCAAACUCAAUAUAGCUGAUAACUAAAAAAGAGUGGAAUAUACUCUCAGCUGAUGAACUUACUGAAGAAAAGCUCGCUUAAAAGAAAUAUGAGUAAUGGCUAGAAAGGAUUGAAGGUAAAAAUAAAUAAAAACCUAAAAAGAAAAAGAAGAAAUCAAAGAAGGAUAAACAAUAAGGAGAUACAGAGAAGAAAGAAGAGGAAGAAGGAGAGGCUGAAGAUGAAGAAGAGGAUGAAGAAGAUGAGGAAGAAGAAGAAAAGCAAAUGGAUGAAUUCACUUUGAAGGUUCAUCAAAUCCUUAAAAGGUAUAAAGUAAAGUAUCCUUAAGAUUGCUUGACAGGUGAAGAUAAUGUCUGGAUUAUAAAACCUGCUGGACUUUCAAGAGGCAGAGGAAUUACGUGCUACAAUAAUUUAGUUGAAAUUCUUGAUCAUGUUAAGUCUAAGGAGUCAUAAUGGGUAAUUCAGAAAUAUAUAGAAAAUCCCUUGAUCAUAAAAAAAAGAAAGUUUGAUAUUAGAGUUUGGAUUCUUGUCACUGAUUGGAAUCCAUUGACUAUUUGGCACUAUACAGACUGUUAUGUGAGAUUCAGUGUUGAUGAUUAUGAUACUGAAAACCUCCAAAAUAAAUUUACUCACUUAACAAAUAACAUGGUUUCUAAGCUUAAGUAAAGGGAUGAAAAAGACGAUAUAACAGAGUUAGGAAGCAUGUAUUUCAAAGAGAAUUUUAUCAACUAUUUAAAAGAAAAAGAAGGAUAUGAUGUAUUUACAGAUAAGAUUGAGCCUUAGAUUGUGAGGGCAAUUAUUAUGUCUUUGAAGAGUGUUUAGGACAAUAUAGAAAAUCGUAAAAAUAGUAUUGAAAUGUAUGGGUAUGAUUUCAUGGUUGAUGAUUUGUACAAUACUUGGCUCAUUGAAAUUAACUCUUCUCCCUCUAUGGAAUACUCAACACCAGUGACUGAAAGGUUAGUCAAAGCUGUUUCUGAAGAUAUAGUAAAGGUGGUUAUAGAUUAUGGAAUGGAAAAGAGUAAAAAAGCAAGGAAAAAUAUAGAAACAGGGGCUUUUAAGAGAAUAUAUAAAGGCAAAUAUGUUGAAGAAAAAACAAAUGUAGUCGGUCUAAAUUUAAUAUGUGAAGGUGUAGCAUUAAAAAAAGGAAAAAAGAAUUCAAACGUUGCAAAAGUUAAUAAUCUAAAACCUAAUUUCUCAUGAAAAUAAUCAGUUAAUAAACUGAUCAUUAACUUAUGAAGAAUGAGAAUAUAAGGCAUUCAUUCUUUGAAAUUAAAGUACUGAACCCAAUGCAAAAAUAAAAAUAAAUUUAAUUAAUUAAAAAGUAUAAUUUAAAAAUAUAUAUCCUAAUAAUUUUAUUAAUAUAUUAUUGUGUUUGUUAAGUUUCUCCUUUCAGAUUUUUUGAUAACAAUCAAGAUCAUCUAAUU